AUGGAGAGCUAUAUUGAGAGUCUGACAGAUCCGCUGGAAAAGCAGCGAAAAAUUCAGGACUUUUAUCACACUCUGCGAAUGUUCUAUAAGAAGCGAUGGAACGCGCCGCUCCUCAUUCCUUGCGUUCAGGGUGUUGAAGUCAAUCUGUUCAGACUCUAUGAUACGGUACAAGCGCUGGGAGGAUGGCAAAAGGUGGCAGCCGGAGAGAAAUGGUCGAAUGUUGCUGAGAUUCUCGGAUGCAAGGACGAUGUGGUUUGCGGCGAUCACGCAAUUAAACUAAUUUAUAUGAGAUAUUUGUCGAAAUACGAGCAAAUUCAAACAAUCGGCGAUGUCGAUGAUUUUCUCGACAAUGAUUUGGGACGGGGUCGCGGCCGCGGCACCUCGUCGUUCUUCGCCACCAAUGAAUGUCCGAUUAGCAGCAAUCGGUUGCAUCCGUAUGUUCCUCGAGAUGAACGCGGCAAUAUUAUUCAGGAGCAUGAUUACUCGAAACUAAUUAAAUCGCUUCUCACGGGGUUGCCGAAUGAGACCGAUUUUGCUGUGAAUGUUUGUAUGCUUUUAUCGCACACCGGCCCGAAACAGUUGAGGAUUUCGAAUGCGCCGACGCUUUUGACGGUUCUCGUCGCUCAUGCGGGAAUUUAUGAUGAUGAGAAUGAAUCACUAGCCGAUUUGGGUCCCGUCUGGAAAGAAGCCUCCAAUCACGAUUUUCCAUCGUUCUGGGCGGCUUGCGGAGCUCCGAAAGAGCUGAUUGCCAAAUAUGCAGGUCCUCAUAUCGCUAGGAAAGAAGUGGAUGAAGACGAGGAAUUUUUUACCGGUCUCAACCAUUCGUUCAGUGUUCACGAUCCAGUGUCAUGGCGACUCAAUCAAAUCGCCACCAUUAUUCGCAAUUUGUCAUUUGAGCCUGUGAAUCGGAUAACGAUUGUCCGCACAUGGCCCGUUAUGAAAUUCUUGUUGCUCUGCGCGAAUUGUCGAUGGGCGCCGUUGUACACGGCGGCGUUCGAUGCGCUUGGAAAUUUGGCUAGCGAUAUCGAUUUGGCUGACAAGACUUUGGUGCACAUUGCCGAUCACGCGAUUCUUCGGCUAGUCAAUGAUGGGAUAUUCAGCUCGGACAAAUUCAAAAUCAUUAGAUCGUUGGAGAUUCUCACCGGGCUCGCCGCGUUUGAAGGCAACGAGGCGACGAUUUGCGAGUGGCUCAACUCGAAAACCAUUAAUCACAUUUUCGAGAUCAUUGGAAUCAAGGAUAUUAUGAUGUGCGUUUACACAUUGGAAUGCUUGUAUCAGAUAUCGGAGAUGGGCGACACGGCGUGCGAUAUAAUUGCCGAUGCGCCGUGCGCUAUUCAGCAGCUUGUCACCAUGGCCACCAUGGAGGCGGUGUCGUUUGGGCCGGGAGGUCUCUCGGGAAUGAAGACGAACAUUCGUCUUGGCGCGACGAUUCCGGUGCAGCCGAUUGUGCCGAGCGCCAACACCGGCGAAUCGCAAUUGGAGCAGCUCACUGAGAAAUGGAUCCGCGCGAAUUGUGUGUUCGAGCCGACGAUGUCGACGCCUCGCGGUGAACUCUACGCGGUCUAUGUUGAUGAUCUUAGGAAUCAAUAUCAUUCGUUGAGUGGAUCGUUGGCGAUGUUCAGCGGUGUGAUGAAAAAUAUUUAUCCUGGUGUGAACUUUCGAAUGGCCGAGAAUGGGAUAAUGAUUGUGGCGCAAGGGAUUCGGCUCGUCAGACCGCAUCGACUCGCGCCCGCUGCGUCGAAAAUGAAUGAUUUGAAUGAGAAGGAGGAGACGCAUCCGCUUAUGAAGAAGAUGUUGUCGAAGAAGGAUCCGCCGAUGACGAAUGGGAUUAAUGGGCAUGCUGAGGAAGCUCCUGAACCAGAAAAAGUGUUUGCGAAGCGCAACGGCACCGUCGCGAACGGACACGUCGAAAUAUGUAAGGAUCCGAUACCGGCGUCGCGUCUCAUCGAUUCAUCGAAAAUCGAAGAGGUGAAAAUUGAGCGAAAAAUGAAUGGAACAUCGCCGAUUGAUAAGGAGACUGAUGUGAUUUCGGACGUUGAGAAUGAUAAGAAUGCGAUUCUGAACGGCAAAAUCACGAAUGGCUCGAAAAUGGAGACGAGGAAGAAGGCGUCGAUGGCGUCGAGAGCCGCGAGUAUUGUUGCUCAGGUCACCGCGAAAAUUGAUGAGGAGAAGAAAAUGAGCAACGGAAAUGAGGCGAUUGUCAAUGGAAACGGGCCCGAUGAAGCUACCACUAGUGCUCCAGCUCCACAAGAGGUUCCUCCUGUUGUUGAAGAGAAGAAGCCGAUUCGGAAAGGAAUGGAGCCGUCAAGUGUUCCGACGGAAUACAUGUGCGAUUGGGAUUGUUGCUCGUUGUACUACUCGACGCCCGGCCAUGUGUUGAAGCAUUUGAGCGAGGAGCACGUUGUCGAGGAAUUGCGCCUACUUUGCCGCUGGAACGGCUGCAGCGAUCCGACGCCGAGGAAUCGUUGGUCGCUGGUCACGCAUAUUCAGGACGCGCAUUGCAAUGAGACGCAACUCAAGAUUGCCGCUGCGAAGCGACGCGACGGCAUCGCGAUUCGACCAACGGCGCCGAGGAAUGAGAUCGUGCCGCGAGAUUACACGAAUCAUCCGGGCUACUCGAAGACGGCGGCGAUGGAUGCCGUCAGGCGGCACGCGUUUAAUUUCGUGCCGAGAGACAUUACUGAUGAAUGCGAGGGUCCGGUGACGAAGAGUAUUCGACUCACGAGUUGCCUGAUUCUGAGGAAUCUGGCGAGAUAUUCGGCUGAGGGAAGGAAAAAACUUCGCCGCCAUGAAUCUCACAUAUGUUGGCUUGCAUUGUCGCGACUCGAGAGCAGUCACGCACUUGCGCAGCUCCUCUCCGAACUUCAGGAAGUGGCGGUGACGAGCGACGAGCAACAAGGGUCGCUUUCGACGGCGCCGUCGUCGGCGUCGCUUUGCUCAAGCGCUAGCGGCGCCGCGCAACAUCAGGUGCCGGAAUCGCCGACGUCGUCGAAUUUCGCCACACCGAAAUUGGAGCAGCAGCCGGCGAGGAAACCGAUUGGUGCCUCGCAUAAACCGUUGAAUUUCGCCAGUGCGCAUUUGCCCGCGGAAAUGCCACCGCCGGCUCUUCCGUGCUCUUCGAGCCGUCAUCCGGCUCUUCAGCAACAUCUACCCGGCCAGCCAUCGCCUCUCGUUCAGACGACGCCGCUACGUGCGGGAGUUGGCCGCUGA